UCGUGUUCAAAGCCACGUCACAUCAAACAGCUGUAAAAGAGGGUACCAGUGACAGGGCUGAGGGUGUUUGUGUUACAGAAACUGGCAUUUAACAAUGUUUUUCUCAGGAGAUGCUUGAACUGAAAUGGAUCUUUUUUCCUCAUUAUUUCUUUAACAAGCAAAGCUGUUAAAAUCGCUUAACUCAAAUCUGCCAUACACUUGCAGUCUGAGUUCUUUUUUCUCUAAGUUUAAGUUGUCAUGUUUUCUGUAAGUUUUCCUGUCUUUUGCCUCCCACUGGUUAAGUGAAGUUGGUUUGAGAUAAAGUCCCAUGCCUGUGGCAGGAUAUUAUUGCUGCAGCGCAAUAGUGGAGUGUUGUGGGAUGGCAUCCUCCUCAUGUGGUAAUAGUUAAGAUAAUGAAAGGGGUUUUUUUGCCCCUUGUACAGUCACUAAAAUGUUAAGUUCUUAAUAGGCAUGUACCAAAGAGCUUUUUGGCCUUGUUUGCUCAGAACAACAUGAGUACUUGUCUGGAUGAAUGUUGUGGGUUUUGUCUUCAUAAUAACUCUCACUUUAAUGAGCUCAAUUACCAUUUCUAAAAUGGCAGGUAAAGGGUGAAGAAAGCCAGAGAUUCUCAUGACUCCUGCUGGUCUUCUCAUCAGUCUUUGACUCCAGAAUAUUGACUCUGUGAUCAGCCUUCAUUAUCUGCUUAGAGACCAUCUCAGCAAGAAUGUACACUGUCAGCUUCAGUAUUUGGCUAGGUCUCAGUAAAAUUAGUUGGCUGUAGACAAGCAUUGUUACACACCUUGUUAUCUCCUCAAAUGAGUAAGGCAAAUCUUGUGAAGAACUCUGCCGUGCAAAAUUGAAACUCAGACUUUGAUUUCCUGCCUUGCAGAUUGCCAGUUUAGUGAGCAUGUGAUCACUGAGAUGCUCGCUUUUUGUACUGCAGAAUGGCUAAUUAAAAGUCUUGUGUGGAGCUGUUGAUGAAAAAUACAUCAUCAUUGACAGGUGAUGUACCUGUCAAAGAAAACCUGGAGCAUUAUACAGUUGUGAUCUUUUUUCUUGAGAUAGGUACAAUAUUUUGAAGAUGGAAAUGACAUCUGAACCUCUCCUGACAGUGCCUGCUGUUUCUAAAACUUCACUUCUUUCCCUGAGGUGUAAAUUCUAAUACUCCUUUUAGCAGCCUGUGUUCUUUGUACUGCUCAAAUAGACAUCAUCCAUUUCUUCCAGUUCGGUUGUUAAUUCACUAGGUAUGCCUGAAGGGAGUGUUUAAAAAGAAAAUUCCUGUAUGACUAGCUGGUCUGCAAAAAUCAGAUCUCUUUCAGGCUGGUUGGGGUUUGUUUUUUGGUUUUGUUUUGUUUUUUUCUUGCAGGCUGAAGAAUAUGGGAAUGAAAUCUAGGCAUCUCAGCUUUGCUAGUGCUAACUCUGACAGCAAACAACCUAUGCUCCAACAGUGACUUCAGUAGUUGUUAAUAAAUGAGACAGCAGUCCUGCAUGUUGCCAUCCUAAUGAGACCAUAUAUUAACCAAUGAUUUUUAACUGUUCAUAAAGUACUCAUUAACCUGUUUUUCUCUUGUGCCUAAUAGCCAUUUAAAAAGAUGCCCUAAAGUGAAUACUAAUACCUACAUUGACACUUAAGCUGCAAGCACAGCUUGUUUGGUAUUGAGACUGAUAUUUUGAACAGCUGAAAUUUGGACAUUUGGAAAUUUGGACUUGCUUUUGGGAAACGCAGUCAUCUGCCAGGAACUUAGAUUUCAUUCCAGCCAAAACGUUUGUAAGAUUCCUUAGUUUGAUUUCCCUCUUCUGGCAUUAUCAAGGACAGGUCUUGACUUCUGUGUGAUAUGAAAUGCUGUGAAACCACAGUGAAAUCUUUACUGCUUCAGGAAGCAAAUGUGAAUCAAGUUGGGCUAUCAGGCGGCUGAAUGGAUCAAGCUUAAAAGGUUUGAUCUGGUCUAGAAGAAUGUGCCUUCUAAACAUUCUGAAGUAAUUUGAAGGUUUGUAUAUGAGCAGGUAAGAAUUGUUACCAUAGUUAUUUUUGUAACUGACUUUGAGCAGUUACAAUAUGCCUAGGGAGUUACCCUGUGAUUGGUAAUUUUGACGACGUCCCAGGGAAAAUGUUGUCCCAGGAUUCCUGCCCUGCUCUGGCUGCCCACAGACUCUCCCUGAAGACAUCUAUAUGUGCCCUCCUUAGCAGGGUCUCCUCUUGGACAUAUCCUGACACAUUAGGCAGCUUCUUUGGAGUCAGCUCUUCUCCAAAUAAAGGUGGGCAGGUACAUGUCAUUCUGUUUCAACAGGAAGUUUUGCUUGUUAAUUAUUUUAAAUUAUUUUUAGGAACUUGUAGUGCCUUGGGAGUGUGCAGGGCUGUGGCAGGGCAGCUCAUGACUGACAGCUGCUGGUGAAUAAGAGAGCUGCCCAGAGACCUCCCCAGACUGCAGGCAAGCUUUAAUGAAGAAAGUGGCAAUUGGCAGGUGACAAGCAGAAGAACUGAUUGAAUGAUACAGCUAUCUUUUAGUGACAUGCCAGUUUCUGACUCUCGUUUGAUACAGGUCAGUUUUGAAGUCUGAGUGAAUUAGGUGCAAUUCUAUGAAUCCAAACUUUAUGGAAUGAGUACCCUAAAAAAUCACACAUUCAGAAGAUGGAUAGAGCUGUGAUGCUAAGGAAAGGCAAAAAAAAUAUAGAGAGAGUUUUGUCAGGCAUGCUUUUCUUGGGAGGUUAAGUUAAGCAGUUUUAAGGGUGAUUGAGAGGCUGGAAAUGACUUCAGGGUACAGACCUUAAAGACAUCAUCUACAGUUUGGAACUAAGCAGCAAGUAGUAGUGAUAAACUGGAAGGAAUAAUUGUAAUCCUAGUAACUGCUUAGAAGAGUAACUGUUACCUCCAAUUACACAUAGAGCAAUUGCCCAGCAGUUGUCAUGUCCUAUGAGUUGUCAAAGAUCCAGAUGGAUUCUUUCUUUCUCCUAAGGUAAGGAAAUAGGCAUCUUAGGGUAGCAACUGUCAACAGUGAAUCCCAACAGAAAACCCAUAUGUGGAAGCUUCUACUCCCAUGUCUGCAUAUCUGUUUCUCUUGGCAGCAUCAGUAAAUACAUGCAGAGGCUGCAGACACUCCAUGACUUUGCUUUGAUUGUCAUCUGACAUACCAGCUGUGUUUGCAUUUGGAAGUGAGUUCCUCAAGGAAUUGAAGAUACUAAACACCAGAGCAGGUGACACUUUGUCCCCUUCCCUCAUGUCUGGCUCAUCAAGGAAAGCCCAGAGGGUUUAUUUUUAAAUCUCAGAGGUAUAGUGAUGCGUGUUAGAGGUAGCAUAAUAAAGGACCAGGCUACCUGAUAGAACUUCUUCCCUUGUUUCCAUGACUUUUGCCAAUUAAACUAUUAAGCUUCUCUAACACCUUGAAAUCAUGGUCCCCAACCUGUUGUUAGGACCCCAGGUUCCCUUUUUGUCUGCAUUUUAGGUAGCUGGGUGAGGCAUGUGGCUUUUCACUGUACUGGCAUCAAGAGACACAAGACCAGCGUUUUUAGUUGAUACCUUCGCCUAAAUACUUGAGGUUUUGCUUCAGUGAGAAAUGGGAUUCUUUGCUUUGUUUUAUCAGCUUCUGACUUGGUUUACCUAGGGCAGUUCUACUGGGCAGUCCCAUCAGUUCCUGGUCUGCUGUGCAGAUGAACCCCUUCCAUUCUCAACCACUCUACUAAACCCCACAUUUCAAAUUUGUUAGGUACUGGGAGAAAAAAUUAUUUCUAAUCCUUUUUUAAUAUGAGAAGUGACACGAUCAAAGUUUCUUGCAUAUGUCUAUUAGAGGCUUGUCUUUGUCCCUAAAGAGAAAGCCCAAGCCCUACACUAACCCUAAUUAAAGCAGUUCAAAGGAGAUAAAAUCAUGAACAACAUCAGAAAUAGCAUAUUGAUAAUCUGAGGUGUGUGUACGAAGUCCCACAGCAAGAAUUCCUACGUGUUGUCUGUUUAAAUACAUUUAAAUAUAUUUAAAGUGUGUGUCCCAAGGAGCCAGUAGAUGACAGGCACUUGGCUGGGUGCCUAUGUGCAUGACCACCUUAAAAAAAAAAACUCACAGUAGUCUGUGAUCUGAGCUACUGAUGAGACUGACAUGUGUGAGAGAGGCAAGGAUUCAUCUCAUUCCACCUGAACUUCCUGAUCUGGCCUGACCCGAGGUGAGGAUGUCACACCUCUCUGCCUGCACAAUCUCCUCCAGUCCAUUAGUAAACUAGUUUGAAAUGUAAUGGGAAGGAGGUACAGAGCCAAGGAAAUCUUUAACUUGAUGAUGCUCAUCAGUAGGAGUAAUCUAUUCACACGGAAGCAACCCCAGUGGUAGUGAUGUGCUAUUUUUUAAGGCUGUUCUGUCAGUAAAUUAUUUAAUACUGUAAGCUAUUUAUACACAUCAUUUAUAAUAAAUCCCACUGCCAGGGACAGGCAUUUGACUUUUUAAUAAUUUGUGAACGUUUUCAUGAUACGAGACAACUCACAUUCUCUCUGUGUGUGUUUCAGUUUAAGCUUAUGGAUUUCAAGUUACCUUGGAUUAUUCCUUCCAGCAGAAUUCUGGGUUAUACUGAUAAGACAUAUUGCCAGGGCUAGCUGGCAUGUUGCAGUUCUGCAGGUAAGACAAGAACUGCAUGGAUACUGCAAAAAAAAAAAAUCACAAACUCACUCAAAACUAUACUACAGGCAGCUUUGGCAAACCCUGAUGUUUUCCAAUGAGAACUUACAUCUCUAGCACCACUAAAACACACCCCAAAGAAUGGAUGCACUUAUGGGAGAUGUGUAAACCUCUUGCCAUCACCUGCUUUAGCAGACAGAAAAGCGGUAUCCCACUUUGUGACUUUGGUAAUACAGGUGGCUUGUCACUGAGUGCUGCUGCUGGGCUCAGCAGCACUGCAUGACACACUGCAGUUCAGGCUCCUGUCCAGAGACCCCAGAGUUGGGAGUUCUCAUCCAUACCCACAGCUGGAGGCUUUGGCUUGGCCAGUGCCCAAUGGGAUGCUGGAGCAGCACACCCAGAGCUGGCUGGGACCAAAUUCCUGGCGCUGGAGGAAUGAGACUGACAGCAGCUGAGUGAGUCAUAUUUGUAAAAUGAUCCUGAAAGGUGCCCUGGAAAAAAACAUUUAAUCAGAGGAAGGAAGCUGAGUCCCUGGAGCUGCUCAGCUACUUUUUGUUGCUGCAGACACUGCUGGCAGCCUCCUUCACUGGGAGGCCUGUCCAAAGUGGUUGAGCUCAAAGUGUACCUUGGCAGGGGCCCAAACACACAGGGUUCAUGUUCAGACAUGGCACCUCAGUGUGCCUUAAGACAACCCAAAGGCCCCCUAGAUCCUUCUGCCUCCACAAUGGUCACAGGCACCUUUUUCCACUGGCCUUUGUUUUUGGUCCCUGCUGAUUUGAAAGUAUUUUAAAAUGGCAACCCCGCAGAAAAGUUCACCUGCAGCAGUGGGGUUUGAGCAUGAAGGUAAGUGAAAAGAGACUGGCUGUUUCACACUGUCACACACAUGCAGACUAUGUAGAGGGAAAGCAUUAUUCCAGGAGGGUCAAACUGGAGUGUUGUUAAGUGUGCACCAGGCUGGGGACCUGCAGGGCUGAUAGGACUGUUUCAAGGCCACUUUUGGAACUAGGGAGUGUGCUGAGUUGGUUGAGGUGCGCACCAGGGCACAGUGAUAGGAUGUCUGAGGAUUCUGUUUAUUCUUACCCUAAAAGCACUGACAGUCUCUAAACCCAGUCUCAAUUGCGUGAGAACCCCUCUUCUGUGCAAUAAAAUUCAAGCUGGUGCCUCAUGUACAUGAGUGCCACUCAGUAGGAAGGGAGCCCUGUGGGGAAGGAGUGUCCCAUUUCCAAAACCAAACUGCAGCCCUAAUGUUAUUUCCUCACAGCUUCAAGUUGCCAUGUGAGUUGAUAAAAAUCCCUCAGCUCACAUCCUUCCCAGAAAUGCCAGUCAAAACCCAAGCAGCUAUUCACCCAAAGUACCAAUUUUAUAGUUCUGUGUGUGUCUAUAAUCUAUUUACCAGCAUUCCUAUUUCAGUAUGUGCCUGUUAAUAAGAUUAGUAAUUAAAAAGCUUGAUAGGAAUUGGCAAGCAUAGCUUCUCCGCCUUUCCCUCCCCUCUGAGCCGGACUGGCGUGGAGUGUGAGGCACGGUUGGCAGAAUACCUGAGGGAGGGAAGGCAGGAGGCUCUGCUGAAACCUCUGCCUGCAAGAAAGCAAUGGAGAAAUCCCGACCCUUAUGGGACAAUCCCCUGCAGUUUGUUUUUGCCUGCAUUUCCUAUGCUGUGGGGCUGGGAAAUGUGUGGAGGUUUCCAUACUUAUGUCAGAUGUACGGAGGAGGUGGCUUUUUGAUCCCAUACCUUAUCAUGCUGAUUGCCGAGGGGAUGCCGCUGCUGUACUUGGAGCUGGCCGUGGGGCAGCGUAUGCGGCAGGGCAGCAUCGGCGCCUGGAAAAUAAUAAGUCCCUACCUCUGUGGUGUUGGAGUUGCCAGUGUUGUCGUCUCCUUCUUCCUGUCCAUGUACUACAAUGUGAUAAAUGCCUGGGCCUUCUGGUACCUCUUCCACUCCUUCCAGGACCCCCUGCCAUGGGCCACCUGCCCCCUCAACAGCAACCGCACGGGCUACGAGGAGGAGUGUGAGAAGACAUCCUCCACGCAGUACUUCUGGUACCGGCAGACCCUGAAUAUCGCCCCGUCGCUGGAGGCCAGCGGCAGCGUGCAGUGGGAGCAGGCGCUGUGCCUGACGCUGGCCUGGCUCGUGGUUUACCUCUGCAUCCUCCGCGGCACCGCCUCCACGGGCAAGGUCGUCUAUGUGACAGCCUCUUUGCCAUAUUGUGUUCUCAUCAUAUACCUCAUCAGAGGAUUAACACUUCAUGGAGCUGUGAAUGGGCUUGUCUACAUGUUCACACCAAAGCUGGAGCAGCUGUCGAACCCCAAGACCUGGAUCAGUGCUGCCACACAGAUUUUCUUCUCGCUGGGCCUUGGCUUCGGCAGCCUCAUCGCCUUUGCCAGCUACAACGAGCCCAGCAACAACUGCCAGAGACACGCCGUCAUCGUGUCCCUCAUCAACAGCACCACCUCCAUAUUUGCCAGCAUUGUCACUUUCUCCAUCUAUGGCUUCAAGGCGACCUUUAACUAUGAGAGCUGCAUCAACAAGGUGAUCCUGCUGCUGCUGAAUGCUUUUGACCUGGAGGAAGGCUCUUUAACAGCAGACAACCUCAAUGAGAUGAAAGAUCACCUCAUGGCCACCUACCCACAGGAAUAUGCCCAAUUAAUGCCACAGAUUAAAAACUGCAGCUUGGAAGCUGAGCUAGACACGGCUGUCCAGGGGACAGGACUGGCAUUUAUAGUCUAUUCGGAAGCGAUUAAAAACAUGGAGGUGCCUCAGCUGUACUCUGUGCUCUACUUCUUUAUGCUGCUGAUGCUGGGCAUUGGCAGCAUGCUGGGGAACACAGCUGCCAUCCUCACACCACUGACCGACAGCAGGGUCAUCGCCUCCCGCUUUCCCAAGGAGGUGAUCUCGGGUGUUGUGUGUUUCAUGAAUUGUAUAAUUGGCCUGAUCUUUACCAUGGAGGCUGGAAAUUACUGGUUUGACAUCUUCAAUGACUAUGCAGCCACCCUCUCGCUGCUGCUCAUUGUGCUGGUGGAAACCAUCGCUGUGUGUUACAUCUAUGGGAUAAGGAGAUUUGAAAAAGAUCUUUACACCAUGAUUGGAUGCAAGCCAAACUGGUAUUGGAAAAUUAUGUGGGCUUUUGUUAGUCCACUGCUUAUUAUAAGCCUAUUUAUUUUUUACCUCACCGACUAUAUCCUCACAGGAACAUUGCAAUACCAAGCAUGGGAUGCCACACAGGGGCAGCUGGUGACCAAGGAUUACCCAGGCUAUGCCCUGGCGGUGAUCGGGCUGCUGGUGGCAUCUUCCACCAUGUGCAUACCCCUGGGAGCACUAGUGACUUUUAUAAGGAAGAGACUGAAGAGGGAACGGGUUUCAACUGUUGCAUGAAAGCUGACAGCUGGAUUUGGGAAGACCUUACCCCCGUCACCAGUGACUGGGCACUUCUGGAAGACAGCAGCAACCAUUAUUUGUAGCAGCUACUUAUAGAGUUGAGAAUGGUGGGUGCUAUAUUGACCAAAAA